AUGGAGACACUGCCCUUCGAGCUUCUACACGACAUUGUCUCUCGUCUUGAUGAUUGCACAUCCCUGUACAACCUACUACGCGCAUCGCCAGCCAUCUCCCGCCUGUUCGACCACGAUGGCCUUCAGCUCACCCGCGCCGUCUUCUCUAAAGACACCAUGUGUGAUCAAAUCCGGGAAUCAAUCUCCCUCGUGGCCAUACUUGACUCUUUCACCUUUCCAUAUCGGAGCCUAGAUGUUUUCAUCGCCGGCUUCAUUCAUGAAACGGUCAGAGAUGUAUGCCCACGACGACUAGACGACCCACGUCCGACAAGCCCACCCCUUCCGAACGACUUGCCUGACAACACUCCUAUCCCGACAAUCCGCCGGGUUCUCUCUAUAUACGCACAAAUAGUACACUUGACUGUAGCGUGUCUUGAUCACUACCUGGAAAGAUUCAAUGUUCUCCGACCGGAGAACAUAGUCGAUCCUGAAACUCGGUAUUCAAUGAACCUCAAAAAGACUCCGCCGUGGACUCAAAGAUUCGAAAGCUUCAAGGCCCCCGUCAGCGAUCAUGGCCCACCAGUGUGGGAGGAGGAGCAACGCGUUUCCCGCGCCCUCUGGAGAAUUCAAUUAUUCUAUGAUCUGCGCGCCGCCGCUGGCCAGUCUCGGCUCGGCUGGCCCGCUGAAGACGUGGCGCGAUUGCAAAUUAUGAAAGAGCGAGACCUUUUCGUCAACUGGAGCCUGCGUUACGAGGCGGAGGAAAUCUACACCGUUACCGAGUAUCUCGACCAUGCACGAGCAGCAAAUAUCGUCGUCUUUCAUGACCCCAGUGGCAGCGGCUGCGGCGGUAAUAGAGGCCCUCAGCGACUGCCAUUUCUCCGCCACCCAGUCGAACGAAGGUGGCCAACGCCGCGAAGACCUUUUCUGGAGCCAGUGACACAAACGUACACGAUUGAUUUUGCUACACUUGGCCUGCAACAAUGGCAACUGCUGUCAGAGAUGCGGUUGUCGCCCUUGCGCACUGUCAAGUUCGACUCCUAUCGACGGUUAGGGGUCGCCCUUUGGUGCCAGGAGAGAGUCCAAGCGAUCGGGUUGGCCCCUCUGAAUCGCAAAGGCCCGGAGACCUCUAUCAACCUAGCGCUGUGGCAAUUCGCGUGGCGAAGUAUCUUAGAUCCGCGCGAGGUGGUGGAAGUAGAGAAGAGAUUACAAAAAGAGUGGGAGGAGCGAGAACCCAAGGAUUAG